GCUUGACUGGAGGGUUUCUCCACUUAGUGUGGCAUUCACAUCCCAACGCUCAUGUGGUAACAUCCAGCAUCACUUCACUGGCCUGACUCCAGGGAUUUCAAGUAGACAGGGCGGACAGGCAGAGAGAGAGAGAGAGAGAGAGCAUACAUGCUGGAGAGAGCUACGUCGGUUUUGAAGUAGGAGGGGAAGAGAGAAGUCCAGAGAAUAGAAGAAAGUGAAGAAGCAGGUGAGAAAGUAAAGUGUCGAAGAGAAAAGUCGAUCAGCUGCCCGCACACAACGAAUCCACCGACAUGGCCGCCAUGGAAGCUCUGGAGUCCACCAGCGCCCAGCUGGAGCCUCACACCCUCACCGAGAUCUCCGACGACGAGGUCAACCUGCCGCCCUCGGAUGACGAAGACGACGCCGCCGCCUUCGCCGCCGCCAAGAAAGAGCCGUCCACUGCGGGGACGGAGGGCGACGCCACCGCCGCCUCGUCCGCGGCGGCGGCGGACAAGCCGGACCAGCAGGUGAACGGGGUCAUGGUGCUGACUCUGCUCGACAAGAUCAUCGGGGCCGUGGACCAGAUCCAGCAGACCCAGAGCGGGCUGGAGGCCCGGCAGCAGGACAUGGAGCGCUCGGUGUACAGCAUCCAGAGCGAGCUCUCCAAGCUGUCCAAGAACCACAGCAUCACGUCCAACAGCGUCAACAAGAUGAUGGAGAAGGUGCGCAAGGUGAGCGUCAACGUCAAGACGGUGCGCGCCACCCUGGAGAAGCAAGGGGGCCAGAUCAAGAAGCUGGAGAACAACGAGGCGGAGCUGCUCAAGAGACGCAACUUCAAAGUCAUGAUCUACCAGGAUGAAGUGAAGGUUGCCUCAAAACUCAGCGUCUCUAAGUCCAUGAAGGUUUCGGACGCUGCGUCGGGAAGCAGAGGAGGCAGCCUGCUCGAGCUCAAGGAAGCUGUGGAAGAGGAGGAGGGAGGAGAAGCAGAGAAGGCAGACAUGCCCCACAUCGACCUCUCGUCGGAUGAGGAGGGGGUGGAGAUCGAGGAGAUCUUGGAGGAGACCCGAGCCGAGCGCAUCAAGCGCAGCAGCCUGCAGCGCGUGCAGACACUGAAGACGGUCUUCUCCAAGGAGAAGAUAGACAAGACCAGAGCGAAGACCAAAGAGAAACUGGAAAAGACCAAACAAAAGACCAAGGACAACCUGGAGAAGACAAGGCAGAAGACAAAGGACAAUCUGGAAAAAACCAAGCAGAAAACCAAGGACAACUUGGAGAAGACCAGACAGAAGACCAAGGACAACCUCGAGAAGACGCGUCACAACAUUGAGAUGAAGAUGGGCAAGCUCGGCACACAGAUGACGGUCAACCCCGAGCGCAAGCAGAAGAUGCAGACGUCCCGCGAGAAGGUGAAGAAGGCCUUCACGCCAGACCACGUUGUUUACGCCCGGUCCCAGACCGCAUCGUACAAGGUGCCGCCCUUCACCUUCCACGUCAAGAAGGUCCGCGAGGGCAUCGCCGAGGUGGUCCAAGGCACCGAGAUGGUGGAGGUGUCCCAGGAUCUGGACGCCUUCGAGGGAGUGGCCGGGGAGAUCGAGGAGGGCGUGGUGCAAGUCGAGAUGGAGAUGAUGAACGGAGGCGGGGACGAGGACGAGGCCGACGCCGAUGAGGAGGAGGACAACGAAGAUGCUCUGCAGGAGAAAGAAGACAGAGAUAGAGACAGCGACUAGAUCAAGAGGCGUGAAUUUGCCAAGAUCCCAACGUAAUUCCUGGAAAUUCUUUUGUAAAAGGAAAGAAAAGGGAUUCUUUGGGGGAAUCGGGAAGAUUGCUUGAGAAUAAUUACGGUUGAUAAAAACUUGGGUCUUACUUUUUUAAUAUAUAUAUACUUUUGGUCAUUAUUCCUAUUAGUUACAUUGACGUUGUACUCACGAGAUAUUGCUGAGAUCUGGAAAAACGGCGUUAUUGCUAUGAGUGUGGCGGUCAGACGACCAGACCGGAGAACAAACCAACGCGUUGUCCAGACAGGCUCAGUGCUGUGAGUCAUACUGUUGGGCUACAUGUUGGUUUGUUCCCAUCCUGUCUGACCGUCUGGCUAUUGGUACACGGUGCCCGUGUAAAUAUCUCGUGGAGAGCGGAAGCCGAACUCAGAUAAUUAUCACCUGUCUCUGCAAUUCCUUGUCUAUCCAUCCAUCUUUUUUUUGCAUCCUUCAGCUCAUUGUUUUGGGGGUUUCGGCCCAAAACUUUAGGGUUUUAGUUCAGUCUCACCGCUCUCGUCAACUUCACUUCCAGAAAGACCAAAUUCGAGACUAGCUCGAGAAGAAAAGAUUGUUUUACAUCAGGAGUUGGUGGAGCCCAAAAACAGAGCUAAAAGGAGAGCUUAUAUAUUUGCCAGGUUAACGUGCUAAUAUGUCAGCUUGUCGUGUUUCCCUUAAAGGAAUAGUGUGUCGGAUUUAGGAGGAUACAUUGGCAGAGAUGGAAUAUUAUAUUCAUAACUAUGUUUUUAUGAGAGUAUAAUAACCUUAGAACAAGCCUUUUAUAGCCUUGCUGCACAGCCAUGUUUACCCAGAACGGACAAACGAAACAAAGGCUCUAUGGUCGUAGCAACCAUUACUUUUUGGCAUCGACAGCCGAGUUUCAAUUAUAGAUCAUCUUUCCGGUGGUGAAAUACUUGUUUAAGUAUUUCCACGUUACCGCCACAGUUCUCCGCCACAUUUGAUAAAGGAGGGGUUAGCGGAAGGGGUUUUCAGUUGGAUGCAGUCUGCAAACUGACCACUAGAUGCCACUAAAUCCCACAAACUGCUCCUUUAAGUGCCCAAACAAAGCCAGGGCGAGGUCGUGUUCCAGCGCACGGGACAGCAUGCCAACACAAUGGGACCCAGCACGUCAACAUGACCACGGUUUACGAUUUUCCCAAAUCUCAGCAGUUAUUUUGAUCAAGACAAUGUAAUUAUUAUUAUUAUUAUUAUUAGAAGAAGAAAAAAUGAAGCGAAUGGGAAGAGGAAACCCAAAUAGAACGUUGCUGCUGGCUGGGGCAAAGGAGGCGGAGCAAUUGAAGAACUGACAAGAUCAAGAAAUUAUUCGGAAGGGGCAACAUCGUUCCCACUGUAAGCAAAAUUAUCAGUAUUUUCUUUUUUAUAUCAAAAACCCCAAAUCACUCACAACUAGUCGGAUGAGCACAUGGGAAUGAAUCAUCUCCUUUCUAGUGAUGUCAGGAGCAUUUGUUGAACAUAAAAAAGAUCUCAUGGACUGUUGAGAAGAAUCCCAAGGGCCAAACUAUUUAUACACACACUGAGUACACAUUCGUGCUUAAAAUGCUGACAUGUGUUUGCAUUGCAGAACACAUCCGUAUAAGUAUUCCUUCCUCCCUGUUUGUUGUUAAGCUGUUUAAAGACUGAAGUGUUAUCUUACUCUGAUUAACUGAUUAUUUAGAGAUUCUGUUGUCAUUUCUAUGUUUAUGAUGAGCUGACAGUUACAUAUUUGACUUAUAUGUAAACACAUUUUACACUCGUAGUUGUAGUUUUAGCACACCUUGUUGCAUACAAUGCUGUUACGCAACAUUUUAUUGCCAAAGAAUAACCAGUGCCCAUGAAAAUGAAGAACACGAGGCAGAGACGGCUCCUCCGUAGGCCUGGUGCGUUUCACUCACCGAUGCUAUUCACUUUGAUUAUUUUUCAUGUGCUACUUGUCAUUCUGAGAUGUGUUUUCGUAAAUAAACUGAGAUAAGAACAAAUACUUUGGGAUGGUUCUCACACACGUCUGUUGGAACCAGUUCUGGCCCUUCACAGGACUCCUGCGGUCCGACACUGACCUCUAGUGUCCAGUCCACUGGAAUUCCCUCUGCUCCAGAGUCAAGGAACAUUUCACCAGAGUUCUCUUGACAAAGGACCAUUUCACAGAGAUAUUGCCACACAGGGUCCUCUCUGCUGUCCACACUCACUUCUUUGCAAUAAGGCUUUUAUAAAUGUGUUUAAUAUAUUCUCCACUACUGGUGUUUUUUUCCAUGAAUGCCUAGCAAGAAUGAAUUAAAGAAUUAAUGAAUUAACUAAUACAUUACAUAUAUAUUCCGGAUACAUUUCCACCCAGCUAUGCAGUAACCCUGGUCAGGGUAGCAUGGACACACACACAUCUGUGAAUCCAAAGUAAGAGAAAGUAUAGCGUUUUACACCAUUUUUGCCAAAGUUAACCACAUUGCCACAGUAUUUGUACGGUCAAAGUUUAGUUGCUAGCUCAGAAGCAUCACAGUGUAUUUGCUUUUUUGUGUGUAUAUAAUGUGAAUCACUGCCAAUGCAGAUCAUAAUGCAUUUUGAUUUUAUUUACCAGAGAGAGCCUUUUGCCUUCCGCUGCUUGCACUUCUUCUGCAUUUAGAACCGCUUCUUCCACAAUGAUAUGUGAUAAUAAGAGAUAAACUAUUAUAGCCUUUUGAUACAAUAGGAGAGAAUGUGUUCAUCGGUUGAAUGCUAAGCCCUUCAUAGUGGAUCAACAACGUCUGUCAGAGCAGUGACAACAUGCAGGUGUGCUGAGGCCGAUAUGUCAAUGGGACAUAUGUAGUUCACACUUAACUGUUUCCUUGCUUUUGUCUUGUUGGUAACUGAUUCCUGUAUGUGUCAUUGCUUAACCACUAAUGAUUGGAUUAAUAAAUGCUAUUCACAAUC